GUUGACUGGAUUGCGUGAGUCUUAUCCAUCUUCCUGUACUAUCUGCUUGAAGUGUUAGGUGGUGAUAAUGGGGGGUACUUUUUCUUGGACAAACAAAAGUGUUGACCACUGGUGUUGCCAUUUUCAUGCCUGUACUACUGUAUGUUGUCCGGCCCUGUUGGCCUUAGCUUGGUUUUGUGGUCUUAAUUGCUUGUUUUUCAUAUAAAUUUGCACCCAAAUUUAAUGCCAUGUGGUGACCUCUCAGCUCUGCUCUUCACAUGGCUUCCCAGUUUUCCAUGUCUACUGUAUAGAGAGAACUAUAAGACUCAGUUUCUCAAGGAGAACAGUGCAAUUAGGUUGGGAAAUGUGAGUGACGAGUGGAUUCUUUCAAUUUAAUCUGUUGCCUAUUUCUGGAAACCCCCCAUGAAUCUCCACAACCCAUUUAUCCCCACCCAGUUUCUUUCAUAGAUCAUAAAACCAGAGAUGGCUUCUUCUUCUUCAUCUUCUUCAUCAUCUUCUUCUUCUUUUUCUGUGUUUCUCCCAAGAAACAUACAAUCUUGGAUGGCUGUUCUUGUCCCACCUGCAGCUUCCUUGUUUUUUGCUAUGGUUUCAGGCCAUAGUGUUGUGUCCAUUUCCAUCACAUCUUUGGCUCUGCUCAUCUCCAUCAUGGCACUCAAACCCAUCCAAAACCCAGGAGAAAUCAAAAUCGGCAGCUCAGAAAUCAAGAAAGUUGCAGAAGAAGAAGAAGAAGAACAGAAGGGGUACUCUCAUGACCCAUCAUCAUCUUCGAGUGAAGAUUAUUCAGACAUUGACAGCACAGCGCAGGGCUCAGAUGAUGGAUCCAUCUCUGAUGAUGAUGAUGAGGAAAGCCUGUUUGAGAUAUCCCUUCUUCUUCCCUAUAGCGGAGACUUUGUUGUUGGCCAUGAAAAGGAAAGCUCCAAGGAUUUAUGUUUGAUGGAAUUCUUGACAGACAUGAAUGAGGAAGAAGACAACAUGAUUGAGAUCGACAUAUCCAUGGGAUCCAUCAAGUGCUCUGGAUUUUAGAUUCAGGCAUUAUAUAUAUAUUAUCCUGUUUUUUUUUUUUUUUUUGAAUUGAUGUUUUUUUUUUUUCACUGUUCAAAGUUUUUUUUUUUUUUUUUUUUUAUCCUAGUGGAUUUCUGCCACUCUAGAAAUUGGACAGUACUUUUCAGUUUUACCAUUGGUGAGCUAAACUGAUUAGCUACAGUGAUGGGCCAGCAUGUAUGGUAUAUAUAGUUAGUUGAAUUGGCAAUUUUUUUUUUUUAGUAAAAACUUGUUUGAAUCUACUCAU